AUGCAAAACCUUCAUCAACAGAAACCACAAGAGAAUCCAAUGUCAUCAUCUCUAAUAAAUCAUUUCCAAACACAUAGUAUUGGAAAAGCUCAGAAAGAAUCAUUGAAAAUAAGUGUCAUGAAAGAACAACAAACAAAACUCUUUGCUACCACAAGUGUUGAAUCUAAAACAUCAUCAUCAUCACCAAGUAAGCAUCAUCAUACAAAUGGUUCCCCUUCUUUCCGUAGAAUAUCUGAACCACUGCCACCAACUAACAACUACAAUCAUGAUUGCCUCACUCCAACCAUCUCAACAACACCUCAUCACAAUAAUAUAUUUCAUCAUCGAUCUCUCUCAUCAUCGGAAAGAAGUAAUAAGAGCAAUAGUAGUAGCAGCAUUAAUUUAAGACAACACGGCACUCGUUGGAUGUUCAAUCAGCAACAACAACCACAUUCAAUACAACCAAAUAAUCACCUCGAGAGCACAAUUAAUUCUUCCAAUCUAACAAAUUUUACCGCAGCAACAGCAUCAUUCAAUACUUCUUCUCUUCUCAAUCCUCCUCAUUCAUUGAGUGAGAAGGACCAAUACUGUGUAUUAAACUCCAAACAACUCACACAAAUGUCGGACGGAGAUGAAAACUUGUUGAAUUUUCAAACAUCUGCUCCAAUCAAGAAUGUUCACCAUAACAACACACCAACACCAACGAAUCAAAAAAAUGAAUCGCCGUUAAUGGGUGAAAAAGACUUUUUUUCUAGUAGACAAGAACAGCAACGAGAAGGCAAUCAUCACCAAUAUUCAAAAAAUAGUAAUACAGCAGCUACUAUAACAAAUCAAUCACUAUUGAAAUUUGUUAAUAAUUCAUUAUCGGAAAGUUUAUCAAGGUAUAAUAAUAAUAUUAUGGCCAAUAAUUCAUUGUUGGAAAGUUCAACUUCCAAAUCACAACAUAUCUAUGAACAAAAUUCAAAUAACAAUAAUUUGGAAAAUUCGGAUAUUGAGGAUUUUAGUAUAUUAAUUACGAAUUGUUUACAAAAUGAUUUUAUAGGAAAGUUUCCUGAACAAGUGGGAACAAAUUACUCGGGCUCUCUCGAUUUUGACUCGAGCACAUUUAUGCAUGUUGGCAAACCUGAAAGCCAACGUUUAUUAGGAAGUGAUUAUAAAAGUGGUCCACUGAAAAACUUUAUGAAUUGGGCCAGAAGACAAUCAUCAGCUCAUUUAGAAAUAAUUCAUGUUCGUUUUUGGAAUGAAAUUGAUCACUUGGUUUGUAAAAAGACAGACUCCACUAGUGAGGAUGAUUCUCCUGACAAGUAUAUUUGUAAUGGGUUAUUUUCUGUUAAGGGAACAUCAGGUGCCAACUUGGUAUUAAAUUUGGAUAAAGAUGUGCCCAAUCGUGAGAAUGAAUCCUAUGUAAACAUUACAAGUGUUAAUGCAUUUUUCAAUACAGAUCUAGAAGAAAAAAUACAGAACGCAAUUCAGAAAAAACAAAAACAACUCGACCAAGAAAAUUUAACAAAUGGUACUCAAAAAAAGCUCAAUGUUAAAAUUGGAGCUAUUGGUGUAUGGACAGAAUCAACAAUUCAAUAUUUAUUUUAUGAGCUCUUCACAAGAUAUAGAAGGUUUGCUCAAAUACUUGGUACUUGUAGUGCCUUGACAGCAAGUCGUUCCAGACAUCAACACUUUGCUAGCUUACAACAAUUAGAAAGGUACUUUAGUGUUUCAAUAUUUUACAGUUUAUGUGACUUUCAAGAAUGGCUGAUACCAUUUUGGUGGAAAAAGACUCCUAGUAGUUCCAUUGUGAGUAGUGGAGCCUUUUUCUUCAAACAAAUAUCACCAUCUCCCACUUCAACAUCAUUUGACUUGUCAAUACCAUCCUCUGAUAAUGAUAUGGAACUAGAUGAUGCAAACGAGUCAAUCGAGGAGCAUCGUAUUAUUCCAUGUAUUCAUUGGAAAACUCUGGGUGAUGAUAUUAACAAAAUCUCGGAUGUAGAUAAGGAAAUUAUUUGUUUAUUGUACCAUGAUAGCACUGAUGUAAUGUUUACUCCUCUUUCAGGAGGGUAUUCAGGCUCAUGGGUAUUUAAAGUCAACUCAAAGGAUAGUAUGGGACAUGUUCAAGCAACUUCAAUUUUGAAAAUAGGAAGGAGAGGUCCCAUCACAAGAGAAAGAGUCAAUUUUGAAAAGGUUGAGGAAAUUUUAGGUAAUAAUGCUCCUCAAAUUCGUGGUUUUACUGAAUUGAAAGAUAGAGCUGGUAUCAAAUUUGCAUAUGCUUCCAUGUUUGAGGAUGAUUUUCAAUAUUCAUCAGAUUCAGAUUUACUUUCUCCUAAAUCACCACUCUCUCCAUUUGCAAGUAAGAAGCAACCCAAGACACCAUCAGCAGGCUCAUUCAGAGAGUUGUACAUUAGUGGAGGAAGUAUGCAAACUAUCAAAUCUGUUCUCCAUCGAGUUUUUUAUGGCGUUUUGGGAAGAUUCUAUGAUGCAGCAGUUUUGGAACAAAUUGACUUGUUCGAAACGUAUGAUUUCAAUGGAAAGGGCUGGGCCUGGCAUACUGGAGGAACAGAUAAUCCAGAUGCUGUCCGAGAUCGAACACUUAAAAUGUUUGCAGAACUGAGAGAUUGCUCAUUCUUUGAGCCAAGACAAGUUCCAAAACUUACCCAAGAUAAUUCUCCUACUGUUUCGGAUGUUGAGGAAAUCUCAACACCCAUCUCUGCAACAUCAACCUCAAAUGGUACCAAUGUAUUUACCAAUAGCUCUAGUUCAACCGUUACAAUGCCAACAAUUCAUGGUGAAGAAAAGUAUUUGAUAUUCCCAGGAGGAUUUAGAGUGAGGAAUAUUGUACACUUUUUGAGAGAUUCCAUUCCAAAGAUCAAGCAAGGAUAUUUAGCAAAAUCAUUCCACUACGUUUCAUUUGUACAUGGCGAUUUGAAUGGAAGAAAUGUAAUUCUAGACAGCAAUGAAAAUGUAUGGCUCAUAGAUUUUGAAUAUACAGAGAGAACUCACAUAUUGAAAGAUGUGGUCAAGUUUGAGACUGAUGUUCUCUUUGAGUAUACUGUAUUGGAAAAUGAAAAGGAACUCGAAGAGGCUUUAUUAAUCACUAAGGAACUUGUUUCUGUCAAAGACUUGGCUGAACCAUUACCUCCAACACUUCCUGGUUUGAAAUCAGAGAAGCUCAAGAGAGCUUGGGAGACUGUUGCUGAAUUGAGAAGCAUUACAAAGAGAUUGGUCCGAGGAGAUCGUAACCCAGUUCAAUUAGAUAUUGUUCUUCUUAGAUACACUCUUCAUAUGGCAACAUUGAACUCUUUAACUCUUUAUCAAAGAGCUUGGGCCCUUGCAACAGCAUGUGCUCUGGCUCAAAAGAUUGAAAGAAAGGCAUUCAGAAAUGACAAGUACCACAUUGAUUGGAUUAAUUUAAAGAUGCUCGAUCAACAAGCAGCUGAAAAGAGAGAAAUUAACAAUACUCAAAACUCAGAAAAUGGUGCAACUCCAAAAAAGAAAAAGUAUGGAAGACUUGGUAUCUCAAUCAUUCCUGGUCGUCCUUCACAUGGUGGUGUUAUGGUCAAUGAUUUGAAAGUGUUACAAAAGAAUAAUGUUAAAAAGCUCGUUGUUUUAAGUACACAAGACGAAUUGGAACACCUCUCUGGUAACUUGUUGAGAGAGGCAACUAAUUUGGGUAUAGAAACAAGAAUGUUACCAGUCCAACAAAGACAUCCUCCUCCAAUGAAUUACACACUGCUAUUGUGUGAAUGGAUUAAGGAAGCAUUGGAUAAGAAAGGUGAAGAUGUUGUAAUUGUGAGUGUUUCUGGUUUGGGAAGAUCAGGUACUCUUGCUAGUUGUGUACUAUUACUUCGUCAACCACUCUUGUUAGACUCUGCCAAAGCUAUGGAAGCUGUCAAACUUGCUCGUGGUACCAGAGUUAUUGAGAAUAGAAGACAGGAAAGAUUUGUUGAUGAAUUCCACCGAUUCAUCCUAAAGAGAAUGGAAAAUUCCAGCUCUAGCCCUGUAAAUAAUGAAGUCUACCAUUCAAAUCAACCACAUUUUAAGGAAAGAAAGGGUAGUACAAGUGGCCUCACUCCCCUCCUCCUUUCUCCACGAAGAGACAGCGAAGAUUUGGGUAUUUAUUCUCCCCUCCCUGUAAAUAGUGCCUUGUACAAAGAUCAACAAAAACCAUUCCAGAUUCCAAAAGAUAAUGAAAAGAUUAGCACCAUGAAGAGUGUAAAGAGUUAUGAUUCCUUACUUUUAUUACAACGAAAUUUCAACAAUACCAAUUAA